AUGUUCUUGGUGGGACUGUCAGGGGGCAUUGCAUCAGGAAAGAGCUCAGUAGUUCAGGUGUUCAGGGACCUGGGAUGUGCUGUGAUUGAAGUGGACGCCAUUGCCCACGAGGUAGUAAAGCCAGGUUACCCUGCCUACCAUCAUAUCGUGCAAGCCUUUGGACAUGAGAUCCUGCUAGAGAAUGGUGAGAUCAACCACCAAGCACUGGGAAGCAUCAUCUUCCACUAUUCUGAGAAGCUCAAACUGCUGAAUGCCAUCACCCAUCCAGAAAUUCAUAAGGAGAUGCUGAAGCAGGGGAUCAUGAAGUACUUGGUUCAAAGGUACCGAUAUGUGAUUUGGGACAUCACCUUGCUGUUUGAAACCAAAGCAAUGUUACGAUUCUUGAAGCAUACAGUGGUGGUAUAUUGUGACCCCCAAACCCAGCUGUCACGUCUGAUGCAGCGGAAUGGGCUGAGUCGAGAGGAGGCUGAGGAACGGAUUGCAGCCCGACUGCCCUUUGAAGAGAAACGCCAACUGGCUUGGCACAUCCUGGACAACUCAGGGGAGUGGGAGGUCACCCGCCCACAGACCCUCCACCUGCAUUCCCAGCUAGAGGAUUCCCUGGACUUUUUACCAUUGAGGCUUCGGCUGUUCACUACUUUUGUUGGCCUCAUAUACCUAUUCUCUCAGCACCUCCUGUUUUAA